UCAAAUGCAAAUGUGUGUGCAAUGGUUAACCAUUUGACAUUGACAAGUGCAGCUGUUCGGUAAGGCUUUAAAGCUUUCUUAUUUCAGAUGGCGCAUUUUAUUUUUUUAUACUCCUGGAUUCACAGAUUUAAAUUCUAAAAACGGAAAACUGAUACCUUUGAGAUGGGCUGUACCCCAUCAAGGGGAAAUAACCUAAAUGGAGCACAAGGACCAUUCAGCAAAGGGACAACAUUGCUGCCAGAGACUAAAAGAAACUUGGAGGAUAGACAAUCUGAUAAUGGAGGAAGUGUAAGCCCUGGUGCUGCUGGUGGUGCUGGUGAGAUAAGUAGAGAAAAAACACUGGACAUCAAUACAAUUUCUGUUCCUUUAGUCAAGAAACACCCUACAGUUGAACCUGAAGCAGCAACGAUUACUUCAGAAAAGGAAAAUGAAAAGAAAUAUGAGAAACGGGGUGCAAGGAAAACAAAGAAUCAUAAAAAUGCCAAAUCAAGCAUAAAGAAAGAUAAGGAGAGAAUACCUGCGACUGAGAAGAAGGUGGACUUUCCAGAGGAACUUGUAAAUGCCCAUCAAGCAGCAUAUGGAUAUCUUAAUCCCAGUAUCGAUAAAUAUGAACUGCUAUUGGGCUUAUUAGAUCAUGCAGCACAAACUCACAUUUCUUUGCAACCCAUGGCUGCGUUCAUGGCUCUCCGCUACCAAGAGUUCAACCAAGGUCUAGAAGAAAUUGUUAAAGAAGGAGAGACACUUUUAAAAGACCAUGGGGGACAUUUGGCUUGGCCACGCAAUACCAAAAAUGUACCUUCUCGCGGCAAACCCAUUCCCACCAAACCCCCACCAGACUUACUUCAGCAGCUACUUCAGUAUACGGUCCAAAGGAUGUGUCUUUUGGGACGAUCAGUGAAAGGAAUUGGGGACACAGCCCUUGAGGAUGCAGUGGAUUAUUUUUCAUCUGUCUCUGAAAUCCUACAGGAAAAACUGAAUGCAAAACGUGCCGUUGAGGCUAGGCUAAUGCAGCUGCUAACUAGAAUUGAAGUUGCCUCGUUACAAAGACCUGGACCAGAGGACUCAGCAUUGUUUAGUGAAGACAGUGGUAUUGGUGUAGAAAGUGAGUCAAUGGCUGGAUCAGACAGACAACGCCAGCGCAGAGAAAGCUGUGAAUCAAGUGAAUCCAGUCGUACAGUAAUUUACAGUCCAGAAAACUCUACCCCUGUCCAUCAAGGCUCUUCUUAUCAAACAUUUAGCUGCAGCAGCUCUGCAACCUCUAUUAAUUCCUUUUGUACAUUUACAGGUAAGGUAUUCGGAGAUACAGAAUCUUUGCUUUCUUGCACAUUAUUGGAUGAUGGUAAUGGAGAAGUAGAAGAAGACAGCAAGGAGGGCAAAAAGGAAAGAUAUUGUGAGGGUAAAGUAAGGUUGCAUUCAAGCUCUGCUCUUCCUGACUCUGGCCAUCAAACACAAUGCAUACCAACAAAACGCAUAGAAAAUCCAAACAAUGUAGAAAUGACCAUAAAAAUGAAAGAUGCCAUUAGUGAAAAGAUUAAUUUUGUUUCAUCUCAGCACUCUGGAGAAAAGAUAAAACAUGGAAUCUUAAAGACUAGUGACCAGCAGUGGACAGAUGAGGGGGACAAAAGGCGUCAAAGACCACAAACAGCUAUGAAUCAAUCACCUAAUAAGAAAGCGGCAGUUACUAAACAGCGGCGUUCGAGAUCGGCAGAUUCUCUUGGUAGUAAAAUGGAUGACCCCACUCUUCUUGAACUGGAAAGGACACAAAAAGAAUUGAGUAAAAGGAUGGAAAAAAUGGGAACGGUCAGAACAGGACAAAAUAUAAAUAAAGAAAUUUCUAAACAAAAAAAGCAAAAAGCUCAAACACAUCCUUUACGUUUAACUUCAUCAAACAGUAAUAGGAAGGCACUUGGUGAAAAGAUCGUUGCAGAAAAGAAUCAGUCGGAAGAAAGGGGGAAAAAGAAAAUCUAUAAAACUACCAACGGACCCAUGAAGGAAACCUCCCUUCCAAGUCCACCACCAUCACCCCAACAACUGUGCCACAGAGGAAAUUCUGUCAAGAAACUGAUUGACAGCUUCAGUCAGGGAAUGCAGGAAAGCAAACGGUUUCAUGAAAGGUCAAAAGGGCUUGGACCUCUUAAAGGAGUUAGGAAGUACGGGAUUCCAGUCAUUCCAGGUUUGGGAAGUGAAGAUAAAUUUUUAUGCAUUAAAAAUGACAGCAUGGACAAUCAAAAGGAAUGUAUAUCCUUGGAAAACCAAGAUGAUAUUGAUUUGGACAACCUACCACCACCUCCUCUGGAGGUCCUCAUGGAUAAUUCUUUUGAAAAUGUAGAAAUGAGCAAAACACAUGAAAAAUUGAACAGUAGGGGACGGUCUACCCUGCCAAAGACAACCAGCAUGUCUCAAAGGCUCCGCACUGCCAUGCAAUCUGUUACAGUUCUACCUAGCAAGGGAAGUAUGAGAAAAGGUUCUCACAGCUUAUCGCCUGCACGGAGUAUUACCCUGCACCCCAGUGGGGUGGCUAAGCACAGCCAAGUUGCUCCGACAUCUAAUGUAGGUUUAAGGAAUGAGGAAGCUGUCUCACUUUAUAAACAGGCUCGAAAAAUUAUCCACUUGCGGUACUCAUCCAAUUCUCCAACAGAGAAACCUGCUGUGAAUAAUGAAAACUUACUACUCACUCAAAGCAGUAUUGAAAGAAAUCAGAUGGACAAAAAGACCCCUGAAACAAGGGCGUCCAGUUCAACAGCUGGAGAAAAUAGUGAAAAUCAGUCACUUGACGCUUCAACUGUAUCCAGGACCCACAUGUUAUCUUCUACACCUGCACACAGGAGGCUGCCCAGUCCACCUGUAUUUAAAAGAACACCAAUUUCUUCCAACUCAUCUGGUACAUUAAUAUCUCGCAAACUUCCCACUCCACCACUAGCCAGCCAAUGUACACAAACUAAUACCCCCACUAAUCAAGACCCCAGGCCGAGCUGCAUUUCUGGAGUUUCCUAUCCUUUUAAGGCACCAUCUCCCCCUGCCUCCCCGAAAGUGCAAAGACGGUCUAGGGAUAACAACAGUGAGCACUGUGUUUCAAGAGUAUUCAGCAACGCUCACUCAGUUUUUUGUCCAGCCUCACCAUCUUUAUUUGAGGCACAACCAAACCGUGUGCCUAAACCUCCACAGGCAUGGACCCCGUCUGGACGUAGCAUACUACCUCGGCCCUGGGGUGAGCAUGCUCGGUCAUCUACGGCUGUCCAAGGACCAAAGCCUUUUGUUCGGCGUAGUCAGUCUGACAGAAGACCUAGUCUCAGUCUUCCACCUAGGGCACCAGUGGUGUCUAUUGCACAGUCUUGCGGAAGUGAACCAGCAAUCAACACUCAAGGGCUGGAAGAUGCUCCAAUCAGAGAUACCUGGAACAAGCGUCUGGAGAUCAGAGAAGCAAAUCGUUCUUCCUCCCACCCAGACCUGUGCAUUGUGGGUCAGGCCUUACAGAGUGAAUAACAGACCCUGGAUAAAAGCCAAGUAGGAUUAUGGAUUAGCAACCCUAAAUGGGAUUAAAGCUGUUUUCCAUUGGGAACUCAAGACAUAUUGCUGAGAAAAGAUCUCUACUUCAUCUGACUGCCUUUAUUCCUCACAUACAUUUGUAAAUAGUAUUUUAGAUUCAUGGAAACUUCACAACUAGCCCAUGGAAAUUUUCUUGAGUUUUUUUACAGUGUGUCUAAAUGACUGGCAACACCAGGGCAAAAAUAGCAUUAUACAGAAUGUACCGUAGACAUGGCUUAGAAUUGUGACCGGACAGAAGAAAAAAAUAUUAUGAAGACACGAAAAAGUAUUCUGUAAAUGAAUAGCAGGUGAAGAAGGGAAGGCCUGGUAAUGAGAUGGCCUAAGAAGCAGAGUGUGGGCAGAUAUUCCUAAUGGAAACUAGUUCAACUAUAAUUGUGUACCACAAGCCUCUGCUUAUACAUGUGCCUUGAAACAUUUUUUAAAUAUAUGUAAGCGGUUCUUCCCCCUAAUUGCAAUGAUGUUUGUCAAUGCAGCACUCUAACACAAAUUAAUUGUAGUCUGACACUAAAUUA